AAGCUGCCGGCUCUGGUUUCAGAUCAACUCUGAGGACGUGACGAGGAUAAAGUCCAGCGGUUAUCAGCUCUGUGGAUUCAGAGCAGAGGUGAGCAGGCAGAGCGCUGCAUGAAGAGAGGGUUACACUCACAGCUGGACUCGGAGAGGAUGUAACUCUGAGGGGGGGUCGUGGUGGAGCUGGAGCCCCCUCCCUCAGGAAGCCUCGCACUGACCCUGUUUCUCACGCUGAUCGUAGGGAUGUUUGUUUUAUGCACCCUGGCCGUCCUCACGCUGCACGACCUCCUCCGGCGCUGGAGCCACAGGGAGGUGGAGACGAGUGGGGGGGCGUCAGGGUCUGUGGGGAAGAAGAGCCAUAAGGUCUGCAGGAGAGGAGGAAGAGGAGGAAGAGCAGGAGGGGACGACAGCAGGAGGCCAGGGCAGCCGGUGCCGCGGUCCUGCACUCUGCUCAGCCCGGCGGCCAUGUUCAGCACCAGAAAGACCUGGGACCUCGGCCACGCCCCCUGCCUGGAGCUCUGGAAGAAAGACAUCUCAUUGGACGCGAGCUCUCUGGACUUCCUGAUGAGUGAUGGUGAAGACGACGCCUCCUUCCUGUCUCUGCCCAGCCUCUCUCACCGCCCCUCUCUGAGCGCAGAGCUGAGCGAAACAAGCGCCCCUAGCCAGCAGCUGCUCAUACAGACUCUACAGGACAAAGUGUGUGAGUUUCAGGCUCGUCUUCGCUCUGAGGAAGUGUCUCGUCACCUCCUGCUCCAGCAGCUGCAGCAGCAGAGCGCUCAGGAGAAGACGAGCGUCCGAGAGCCGCCGGAGGAGCGACCGCAACCGCUGCAACCCCCGCCCAACGGUGUGAGGGUGUUGUCGUCUGGCGGAAAACCGUCAGAUUGUUCCAGAAGUCCAGAAGAAGAGCAGCUCGUUACGCGGCUGCAAAGAAAGGUGGAGGAGCUGGAGGAGAAGCUGGUGGAUCAGACGCAGGAGGUGGAGAGACUUCGCUCUGAGCUGGGGGCGACGGACCUGGAGAAGCAGCUGGAGCUGCUGGUGGUCGAGAACCAGCGUCUGAAGCAGGAGCUCAACUCCUGCAGGAGCCCCCACUGCACCCACAGCCAGGAUGCGGAGUCUCUGCGCAGGGAGGUGUCCCGCUGGGAGAGCCAGGCCCGGCAGAGGGAGCGCCGGCUGGCCGAGCUGGAGAGGGAGCUGCUGGAGAAAAGCUCCAGAGUGGAGAGCCUCCACCGGCAGCUGGAGGAAUCGACCCGGCAGCUGGAGGAAUCGACCCGGCUGCAGGAGGAGGCCAGGACGAGGCAGCAGGACGCCGAGCAGAAGCUCUGCGUCCGGCUGCAGGAGUGUGAGGAGGAGCUCUCCAGACAGGCAGCCUCGCCCCCCAGGGUCCAGGUGGUGACGCAGACGGUGGAGGUUGAGUCUCCAGAGUCUCAGCGGGCGCUGCUGGAGCUGCAGAAGAAGAGCUUCGGGCUGCAGGAGCAGCUCGGCCUGCAGAGAGCGCUGCUGAGGGAGCUGGAGACACAGCUGCACCAAUCACAGAGGACCUGCGCCCAGCUGCGCACACAGAUCAUGGUGUACGAGGGGGAGAUGGAGCGAGCUCAGGGUCAGCUGGAGGUGGAGAUGCAGAAUCUGGAGGAGGAGAAGAACCGGGUCAUCGAGGAGGCGUUCGUCCGGGCGGAGAGCGAGAUGAAGGCGGUGCACGAGAACCUGGCCGGGGUCCGGAUGAACCUGCUGAGUCUGCAUCCGGCCCUGAGGACCCUCACCUCGGACUACAACUGUCUGAAGAGGCAGGUGCAGGAGUUCCCCUUCAUGCUGGAGAAGGCCAUCAGCGAGGCCAAGCAGGAGAUCUGUCAGGUGAUCAGCGAUGUGAGCGGCACCAACGAGGAGCUGCUGCGGAAAUACAAGCGAGAAAUGAACCUGAGGAAGAAGUGCCACAACGAGCUGGUGCGCCUCAAAGGCAACAUCCGGGUGUUCUGCCGCGUGCGUCCGGUCAGCCAGGACGAGCAGGACUCGGCCGACUCCAAGACCAUGCUGAGCUUCGACUCCGAGGACGACGCCGUGCUCUACCUCUGCAACAAGGGCAAGACCAUGACCUUCGACCUGGACAAGGUGUUCGCCCCGCACGCCACGCAGGAGGAGGUGUUCCAGGAGGUCCAAUCUCUGGUCACUUCCUGCAUCGACGGCUUCAACGUCUGCAUCUUCGCCUACGGGCAGACGGGCUCGGGGAAGACGUUCACCAUGGAGGGAGCGUUGGAUAACCCGGGCAUCAACCAGCGCGCUCUCCGCCUGCUGUUCUCCGAGGUGACGGACAAACUGGACUGGGACUACAAGAUCUCCGUCAGCAUGGUGGAGAUCUACAACGAGAUGCUGCGGAACCUUCUGGGGGAAAACCCCUCUGAUAAGUUGGACAUUAAGUUGAACCCUGACGGCAGCGGACAGCUUUACGUCCCCGGACUCACCGAGUUCACCGUUCAGAGCCCGGAGGACAUCAACCGGGUGUUUGAGCUGGGUCACAUGAACAGAGCGACGGCCUGCACUAACCUGAACGAGCACAGCUCUCGUUCCCACGCUCUGCUCAUCAUCACCGUGACGGGAUUCAACGUCGCUACUGGGAACCGCACUCAAGGGAAGCUGAACCUGGUGGACCUGGCGGGCUCGGAGCGGAUCGGGAAGUCAGGCGCUGAAGGCAGCCGCCUGCGAGAGGCACAGUGCAUCAACAAGUCACUGUCGGCGCUCGGAGACGUCAUCAACGCUCUGCGGGGGAAACACUCCCACGUCCCCUUCAGGAACUCCCGCCUCACCUACCUGCUGCAGGACUCUCUGAACGGGGACAGCAAGACCCUGAUGAUGGUGCAGGUGUCUCCGCUGCCCGGGAACGCGAGCGAGUCGGUCUGCUCGCUGAAGUUCGCUCAGCGCGUUCGCAGCGUGGAGUUCAGCGCCUCGUCUUCGUCCUCCAGGAAACACGAGAACUCGUCCACCUCUUCCUCGCCAACGCACGACAGCGUCGAGCUGGACUCCCCCCCGGUGACCCCCGUCCCUCUCCCCAUCUCUCGGGCGAGCAGCGCUGGGUCCUCCCUCUCUUUCUCCUCCAGCUCCAGAACGCCCAGCUCCAGGAGGAGGUCCCAGUCCCAGCUGUCUGCAGACAGGCAGGUAGACAGAGCCAGCCCAUUGGUUGGGGACGGUGGGCAGGACGACUGAAGAUGACGGCGUGAGGAACCCGGCGGCGGUGCUUUUUGACGCUCGGUGAUUUCCCCCCUUCAGCCACGGGAGGAAGGAGCAAAGACUGCUGGGAACUUUACGGAUUCAUCUCAACAUGGCCGACAGUCUGCGUGUCUUCUUGCUGUGUUGAUGAACUUCUCAAAGCUCCCGCGCUCCUCCCCUCUGGACUGAUUCUCUGAUAUUCCCCGACAGUAUACGCUUUCCAAUCACAGUAUUUCUUUUAUCGUUUCUUUGUAAAGUUGCACUUUAAACUUUGAGAUUAUUUUCUAGCCCACAGUUCCAGAUGUGGUUCAUAAUAUAUGCAUAAAAUGGUUAUAUUUAUGUUUUGACUCGCUUUAAUCUUAUUUUAUUUAGGGAUUUUUUUAACCCUUCUUUGAUUGCAGAUGCGGACCCCGUGAAAAGGGUUCAUUUAAACAUUUUGAGAUGAAAACUCUGACUUGUAUCUGAGAUUUCUUUUAUCUCAGGAUAUAUAAAUGAACCUUGUUUCAACACGUAUUAAUCGCCUUCCGUUUUCUAACGAAGGCUGUCUUUGGGUCCUUUAUCCAAUCAGGGUGCUCCACUCGUUUUUUACUUUUCAUGCUAACGAGGCUUCCUAAAGCUUGCCGAACAAAAAGUAAAAUCUUGACUUUGUUUCCCGUUACGCUCCUGCUGCCGUCACCUCUGUUAGAAACCAACUGUAGGGAACCCCAGGUGACCUUUGACCUUUGGACAGGUGUGCAGCUGGUAGUUAGCCGUAGUCGUAGUGAACAGGAAAUGCUUGAAGGCGCUGAACUGCUUCUGUGUCGUUGUUCUGAUGGACAUGUCUGCUUGCUUUGUCUCUACAUCUCUACACUGUUGUUUUUGUAUUCCCUUUUUAAAUAAACGAACAUCCAAAACAAA